AUAAAUUCUUCGUAGAUUCGUUAUCCGUGUCCGAUCGAGUCGCGCUCGAUACUAGUGCGAGCCGUCUACCUAAAAUACACACAACAGAGCAUGUUUACUUUGACUCAUUAGCUAUAGUCGUGCCUUAGAUAAGAUAAGAAUAUAACGACCGGACACUUGUUGCUAUACUAACUAGAUCUCAAAAUAUACGUGUGACAAUUUGUCGACAUCAAAUCUAGUCCAGUGUCAGCAUCCUUCUAGUAUACAUAUACAGUCUUGCCGAACGGUUUGCUACUUCAUUGUAAAUCGUCGUUGUAAGAAUUUUUUGUGUUUAAUUCUGUUUAAUUGUUUGUGUAAAAAAAGAUUCUCUACCUGUCAGCCCAGGACGAGGUAUACACAAAUAUGUCUUCAUCAAACGCCGGGGUUCAACAACACGCCAUUGACGCCACAGCCGAUGAUAAUUUCGUUAAAUUCCCUCCCGUUAUCGACGGCAAAAUAAACACCGCAGAGUUUUUAGAUGCUGCGAGGGGCGUUGUGCGGAUGGUCGAUAAAUUUGGAAAGCUCUUUGCACCGGUUAAAUAUGACAUGCAGGGAAACAUUGAUAAAUUGAACGCAAAGUAUGUGGCUGACAAAGAGAAACACUCGACGUUGCAUGACAUGAUCUUAUUGGAAAAAAUUUCAGGGAAAACCUUAAUCGCCACAGAUGCUCUCCUCUGGCUGCGAAGAGGCCUCCACAUGAUCCAGUUGUUCUUUGAAAAGAUUAUUGAGGACCACAAAACUGGAAAAGCUAGCGAUGAUCUGGUUGCUUUUCUGAAAAAAGCUUACAAGGAAGCCCUGGAACCAUAUCACGGAUGGAUGGCACAGCAGCUGUUCGGACUCUUAUCAAGGACGGUACCGACACGAUCCCAACUGCUGCACGCCCUUGCUAAUGAGCAAAGGAAUAAAGAUGACUUGAUAAUACAGGAGCUAGACGUGUUUUUGGUCAUCCUAAAGGAAAAUUUGCAAAAUCUACUCGCGUUUUACAUAGAGCACAACCUGGAAAAUGAUGCGAAAGUAUAACAAACAGUUACUUGAGCAAAUUUUAUAGCUACUUUGAAAAGCAUCUUAAUUUUUUCUUUGUGAAUUCCAAGUUUGAUUUAACCAUGUCUCAUUGAUAACAUAUUAUUAUCCAGAUAUUCGAAAAUACUUUUCAAAAUUGAUCUAUUUCGGAAUUUUAUCAGGAGCUUUGAAUAUAGGUUCAGAAGCAAACUGGUGAUAUGAGGUCUUGAAACUUGACCUACAAGUUUUUCAAUGUGCAGCUUUUACAUUUUAGUACAAAUAUAUUUUUACAACGAAUACUUGAAAUGUGUUCAACACCAGUUGUGUUUGCUGCAAAAGUAAGCAUCAAAUGACUGGCUGCUUUUCCACAGAUUAAAUUAUAUAUUCACAGCAUUGUGAUGGUCGCC